ACACACUCGCAGAGUUUCUCAGCAUUUCUGCAUUUGAUUAUUAUUAGUCUAGAUUUCUCGGACCAUCCUGGUGUCAUUUUACAGUUUUCUAUCUGCCAAAUUUAAGAGAGAUAUGUAAAAUCAGAGAAUCACACACACACACUUAAAACUUUGGCGACCAGGAAUCCGUCCAUGAGAAAGUGCCUCAUCUCCCUGAUCCCGUUACUCACGGGUCCUUCUUGCUCAAACACCCUCCCCCCAAAAUACUCUUCAUUUCAUCUUGUUUCCUGACAGCCUGCACAGCUCUCACUGAACCCUGCUGGAUUUAUUCAUCUCUUUCUACUCAUUUAUCUCCACUCUCAGACAUUUGUCUGUUUUUGGAGUGUGUGCCUGCCAUCAUGGCGACGGGCAGCUCGCAGACAGAUGUGAAGGGCUCUCUGAACGGGAGCAUGGAUUUGUAUCACAGCUGGUUCGGUCCUACCACCCCACGACCUCCUCUACGAAACUACCUGCUCCUGACCAUCCUCACCUGCUUCUGUCCGGCCUACCCCGUCAACAUUUUAGCACUGGUGUUCUCCGUCAUGUCCAGAAACAGUUAUGAUCAGGGAGAUUAUGAGGGUUCGAGGCGUUUAGGGAAGAUGGCGCUCUAUGUGUCCAUCGCCUCCAUCAUCAUCGGCAUCCUCAUCAUCACCAUCUUCUGCGCUGUGCAUUUCAGCAAGAAAGACGUGUAAGAUGACAGUAUUUUGUCGUGCUGUGCUCUGGGUGAAGGUCGUGCACUGGGUCGCUCUGUCUGUUGAACUGAAUGGAGAUUUUAGUCAUGAAACCAAGAGCAGGACAGAUCCAGCACAGGACAUCAGCUCUCCUCCAUCUGCAGUCCAGCUCAUGCUUAUAGAAGAGAGAGGUAGAUGAUGGGGCUUGAAAAGUUAUGCUAUUUUUGUCAAGACAAUUUUACAGACAAAUUCAAAAUAUACACUUUUAAACCACCAAAUAUUACUCAUCCAUGCACGUACUGAAUAUGUAAAUAAUUUUGUAACACAUGCAUGUCUGUUCUUUUUCUAAUUCUUUUUGUGGCAAUCCUGUGUUGAAAUGUACAGCUACAAUGGCUUCAGGGUUGAAUGUCACUGUAAAAAUGAUUAAUAAUGACCUUAUCAUUUCAACACAUCACACUGUUUACAGUCUUAACAGCUCUUAUAAAAUCGGUAAAAAAGUAAAAAAAUAAAUAAUAAUAAUUAUGGAAAAUGUAAAUAUUAUUAUUGUUGGUGCUUAGAAAAAAAAUAAACCCUGAUUCUAUAUGUUUCUCAGUUUAUUCAUGUAGGCUAGUCUGAGGAUAUGUUUAUGUGUCAUCAGAUGUUUUACAAAUUAAAAAUGACACUAAUUUAGAUAUAAUGUUGUUCUGAUUAUAAACUUCAUUUUAAAAAAGCACAAAACACCAUUCAUACAAAACUGAAAUAUAGCAUUUUUUUGCACCACAAACCCCACUGCACGAUUCUUCCACAACUGUGUGUGACAAGAACAACAUUAACAACUACAAUAAUAAUAAUAAUAAUAAUAAUGCAACAUAUUGGCAACGAAAGCAUGUCUCGCACCUCAAGCAACUUCAAUACAUUAUUAUGGAUAUGGAAGUAAAAUGAAUUUCACUUAUUAGUCUUAAACUUAUAUAAGACAAACUAACAAAAGUGAGAAACGAGAAGCAUUAUACUGACUUUGAAGCUAUCUCCCCUCAAUUCUUUUUCUUUCUUCCUCGACCCCCUUGAUCUUCAUGCCAGAGAGCUGGUGUAUUUGGAGAUGUACCUUCAGCCCUCAUUUGUGCUAUAUAUAGUGUUGGGUCUCAAUCCCGCGGUGGAGUCAGGGGCCUCUUGUUAUCCCAGCGUGUUCAUGCCAGCGGGGUCACAUGACACUGGAUAGCUUGUUUAGCAAUGCCUGUUGCUGAAAACCACAAGAAUGUCCCCAUGCUCCUGGGAAACACUUCAGUCCAGUACACAGGCUGAGUUAGGAUGUGAAAUGUGUUAUGGGACAUCAGGGGUGUCAUGGGGGCACAGAACUCCCAUCAACAAGUGUCCCAAUAUUUUCAUACUCUUUCAUGAUACUGUUUUAGAUAUAUUACUCCCUCUUCUAGUUUACACUAUUCUGGACAAUGUUUGGAACUUUGUAUUGCUAGUAUUUCUAAUGUUAUAGACCUUAAAGGGAAAGUUAAUCCAAAAAUGACUUAUUCAGCCACAAGCCAUCCUAGGUGUUUAUGACUCACAUCAUAAAAAGUGCUCCACACAGCUCCAGGGGGUUAAUAAAGGCCUUCUGAAGUGAAUCAAAUCAUUUAACCAUAUAUAAAACUUAAUAAACCGUAAUCUCUAGCUUCCUCCAACUGUCAUCGGCGUUCCAGCGGAUGACGUGGGACAUAUGCUUAGCAUCAGCUCUGGUGAGAAACCUUUGUUUACAACAGAGGAAAACCUCUUGGCUUAUAUUGAGAUACUUUAACAUUUUUCUCUAUAAAAUCUCCUCGUUUUGUAUUUCUAAUUCGUGACUGGUGUCUUGUUUUGCUAUCUCCUCUGCACUUCCGAGGUACUUUACUUCAUUUCUCACUGGAUGUGAUGCCCUGCUUCAUCCGCUGGAACACAACCCUCUGGUGAACAGAAACUAGAGAUAAUGAUUUAUAAAGUUUUAAAUAUGGAGUUUUUUGGAACAAACACUUCAAUUCACUUCUGAAGGCCUUCAUUAACCCCCUGGAGCCGUUUAGGACACUUUUUAUGGUGGAUGGAUGCGCUUUAUUUUGCUUCGAAAUCUUGAUGACCAUUCACUGCCAAAUAAAAAAUUUUCAUUUUUGGGUGAACUAUCCCUUUAAGGCGGGGUUCUUCAAAUCUUACCCUGCAGAGUUUAGAGCUUGCAGAUCUUUAACCCUGAUCAAACCAAUUUACCUGUGAUUUUCUAAUGAUUCUGGAGACCUUGAUCAGCUUACUCAGGUGUGUUAAAUCAGGGUUGGAGCUAAACUCUGCAGAAUGUUUAAUAACAUUCUCAAAACCUCUCAAAACACACACACACACGCCAUUAUUUAUACACUGUUCAUGUAAUGUCAUAAUGUCCCUUAAUGUUUUCUCUAUCAUUUGCAUUGACCCAUUAAAGCAUUUUUAAAACAUUUAAAACACUGAAAGUUUCAUAAUUUUUUUUCUGCUUGACACAGUCCAUGUUUGGUAUGGUUGCCUUUUCAUUAGAAUAUUGCUUUUUGCAAGAUGAGCUUUCACCAGCUGCUUUGCCUUGAGGGCAGAGCGACAUGAUUUAAUUGAACAACCCCAGGGUCAAAUGGCACCUGAUGGAGCAGGUGUUGUUUAGGUAGACAGAGGGAUGUUUCCUUGUCAUCCUUUUAGUAAUCACACAGAAAGACACCUGAGAACUGACCAUCAAAGUGUUUAACAAAGGAUUCUCAACAGGAAAAGAUUUACAUUUAUGCAUUUGGCAGAAAAAAAUCUAAAAUAAUAUUUUUAUACAAAUUGCAUCCUGUAUAUGUUUAAUACCGCCAAUGUAUUAAAGCAAAACUGUACUUGAGGUCAUGUCAUAUCGUGUGUUGUGCUGUCCAUCCUGAAGUGUUUUGCAUCUGGCUUUGUCUCACUCUGAUGGCCAUGUAUUAAACAAUGAUCUGAUGACGUCAGAGAUGCAUAAUGUCAUUCAUAAGUCAUAACUGAUUUUUAUAAGAUGAUUAAUAAAAAUCAUUAUGAUCAUGAAAA